AUGGCAGGCACCACCAAAAGAGGAAAAUAAAGUUAGUAAAAGGAAUUUAAAAAAGAAGACUAGAAAUAGAUAGAAACUAGCAAACAAGAGGAGGAUAGAAAGAGGGAUGAACGACUGAAGAAUAGAUAGAAUAAUCUCAAAAAAAUCAAAGAAGCCCAAGAAAUGGAGGAGGUGCAAAAUAAAAAGAAUGCAAGCGCAUAGUCUUAGGCUUAAAGCAAGUCACCAAGACGCAAAGAUUCUGCUAUAGCUUCAAAAAAACAUAAUUCAGGGGCCAAUGCAAAACACUUAAAGUCGCCUUAAGAUGAUUUUGAUGAUGAAGUUGUUAGUGACGUUUCAUCUGAUUUAAGCGAUUCAUUAGAAGCAAAAUUUAAAUAGGAGAACGAAGGAAAAAUAGAAGGAAGCAACUAAUCUUCAAAGCAUAGAACUGCAAAAUACCACUAAUCUGCUUUCAACUAAACUCCUCUAAGUGGCAGGAACAGGAUUGGCUCUGAUGAAGAUGAUGAUGAUGAAAUGAAUAGUCUUUUAAAAUCAAAUGGAAAACAGAGUCCUUUAUCCAGAGAAGUUAAAUCAGAUAGAAGUCCUUCGAUUAAUAUAGCAAAUAAAUCAAAUAAGGGAAAAUAACAUAAUAAAGAAGAUAAUCACUCGAUGGAAAUCGAAGCAGAUGAAAAUUAGAAGCUAACUCAUUUAAAGGGUACUUCAAAAUUGUAAAAAAGUAACAGAGGAGCAAAAAAGGAAGACAAAAAAAAUACUGAUUAGCAAUUAAGAGAAAGUGAUGAUGAUAUUAAUGAAGAAGAAGAAGAUGAAGAUGAUAAUAAUUCUUAAGGGGAAGAAUCUGAUAACAGUGAAAAUGAAAGCAAUAAAUAAAAGGGAGGAGAUGAAGAAGAUGAUAACAGUGAUGAUAAUGAUGAAGAUGAUGAGUAAAUAGAAAGCAUAGCCUAACGUAAAGUAAAAAGAAAUGUCAAACAAAAAUUUAAAAUAGUGAAGGGAGAAUUUGUUUCCUUAGAAAAUAAUGACUAGGAAGAUGAAGAAGAAGCUUAACUUAAGCAACCUAAGAAGACUAAGGCUAUUGCUAAAACAAAAACUUCAAAGUUAUCAAAGAAACACUAAUUGUAAACAAAUCCCGAAGAAUCUGAUUAAGUAUAUAAGAAAAGGUAAAUUUUGAAUGCAGCUGGCAUUACAAAAGUUAAAAAAGUUAAAAUGUAAAACUUGCUUCCAACUGGUGUUUUAAAAAAGAAAUCUGCAUUAAAGCCAACAUCUGAAUCUAAAAUAGGGAAAAAAUCAGAAUUAAAACAAUAGUAAAGCAAGCAAGAAUCAUUAUAAACCAAGAAAUUAGACAAACUCAGCUUAAAAUAAAAGGAAAAGCUAAAGAAAUAGGUUUUAAAAAACAAGGAGGAUUUAAAAAAACAAAAUUAAUUAGAUAAGAAACUCAAGAAGAAAGUUAAAGCAGAAUCUUAAAUGUCAGAAGAAGAAAAUUUGACAACAAAAGCUUCAUUAAAAAAGAAAAAUAAAGAAUAAAAAGUUGGUUAUACUGAAAAAGAAAAAUCAGAAUUACUAAAAUAACAAGAAACAUAAAAAUAAUAGUAGUUGAAGUAAAUACUAAAAAAUAUUGAAGCUAGAAAGAAAGCUUUGGAUAAAUUAGAGCAAUCAGAAAGAAAGAAGCAUUAAGAAAAAGAAAAGGUAGAAAAAAAAGUAAAUAAAAAGAGUUUGUAGCUUUAAAUGCUUGAAAAAAAGAUAGAGCAAUUAAAAAAAGAACAAUAAAAUACAAAUUUGAACGAAUUUCACAAUAACUACAUGAGUAAUUUCUUAAAUGAUGAAAAUGAUAGCAACAGAAGCGUUUUAUCUAAUAAAAUUGGUAUAGCUUCUACUUAAGUUUUACCUACUUCCUUCUCAGAUAAAAAUAUAGCAUUAUUGAUUAAAAAAAAUAAAAAGAAAGAAGAUAACUAGGAUAAUAAGAAAAAAGAUUCAGAGUUAGAUUAAGAGGCAGAUAAAAAAUUAAAAAAGAAAAAGAACUAAGAAGAAGGAUAGAAAUAAGAAAAUGAGGAAGAUAUCGAUGAAGAAGAUGAUAGUGAUGAUGAUGACAAGGAAGAUGAAGAAAGUAUUUAAGAAAUUAGAAAAAGCAGUAGAAGACCUGUUAAAUCUAAAUAAUAUGAGGAUUAUGAUUAUAACUCACAUAGAGUAAAUAAAGGUUAAAACAUUGAAGAAUUAGAAAAAGAAAAAGAAAAGUUAGCCUAAGAUAUCAAUGAACUUUAAGAAAGAAAGCAAAGAGCUGAAGAAGAAAAAAUAAGUUUACUCCAAAGUUUAUAACUUGAGAGAUAGGAAUUAGCAAAAGAUUAGAAAAUGUAUGAGGAUAUUUAAAAUUAGAACAUCUAUGUAAAUAAUAAAAAGGAUGCAAAAGCAAGUAUUGUUGAUGAAAGCAAUGAAAGUGAAAAAAUAUCCAAAAUUAAAAAAGGAAAUAAGUUAAAUAGUUAAAUAGAAGUUGACUAAACGUAUGUGGCUGAAGAAGAGAACGCUAAAUAAAAUAAAUCUAAAAAGCUUGCUAAAGAAAAAGAAAUUCCUUUAAAGAAAAAAGAUUUAAAAGAAAAAAAGCUAAAAAAGAAUGAAAUUUAGUAGGAAAAUAUAAAUGAAAUUGUUUAGCCUAUUGAAGUAUAACAACAAAUUAUUCCUAAUUAAAAAGUAGUUGAAGGAGAAAAUGAGUUAUUAGCUAAAAAAUUAUACAAAAAGAAGAAUAAAGGUUAAUAAGAAUAGGAGAUACAAUAGGUUGCUACACAAGAAAGUAUACAGUUUUAAGUAUCUUAAGCUAAUUUGAUACCUAAAGAUGAACUUUAAACUUCAAAUUAUGCAAAUACUCCUGCAAUUCUUGAUAAAAAGCAAAAUUAGACUGAAGAAAAAUAAAAAAGUGGUACAAAAAAGGGAAGAAAACCUAAAAAAAAUUUGGAGGCAGAGGAAGAAUCUUCAAAACCAGAAAGUGCUAGCAACGCAAGCAAAAAAUAAAAAGGCAGUAAAAAGCAAAAAGUGGUAGAAAAUCCUGUUGAUACAGGAAUGAAUUUAUUAGACAUUUUUAUGUAAGAAAUAUCUAAGGUUCAUCCUGAUAACGAAUAAUCAGAAAAUGAUAAAAAUGGAACUCGCUCCUUAGGUAAUAUAAAUGAAGAAUAAACAAAGUUAGAAAUUCACAGCUAACAAUCAAAAUCUGCUAAUUUACCAUUUAACGAUAAUAACAACUAACAAAGCUCCAAAGAUCAAAUUUUCCAAAAAGAAUCUUCUGAUAAAUUAGAAGUUUAACAAGAAAUUUAACCAGAAAGUGAAGAAAAAAUUAAUCCAGAAGGACAAGAUAAAAAAGAAGCUUAACAAAUCAAUGAAAAUUAAGAAAAUUUAUAAAAAAGUUAAGAAAAGAUAUAAGAAGAGGAAAUAGUUACUCAAACUGAAACUAAGAAAGAAACUCCCAAGGAAAUAAAUCCUACUGAAGAGGCAGAAUAAAAAUAAAAUAUUUAAAUUUAAGAGUAAUAAAAAAUAGAAAUAGAAAACGAAAAUAGCUAAAAUAAAGAAAAUAAACAUGAAUGCUAAGAGGAGUAAUUAUAAUUACAUAAACAUGAAACUGAAUAAUAAAAUGAAGACCUAAAUAAAUAACAUGAAGGAUAAGAUAAGUAGGAAUCUGAAUAGUAAUAAUAGUAGGAGGAGGAAGAAGAAGAAGAAAAAUAGGAAUAGUAAUAAGUAAUUGAAGAAGAAGAAGAAAAUGUAUAAAAGUAAUUAUAAAAAUCUGAUUUAAAUCAGACUGCUCAGUAGCAAACAGAAGAAAAUAAAAAGGAAGAUCCAUUAUUAGAAGAAACUCAUAAAAAUGAAGAAGUCUUUAAAGAAGAUAUUUAGAAAGAUUAAACUUUAACUGAUGUAGAUUUAAAGGAGCAACCAUAAAACGAACAUACUACUGAUGAUAAUAAAAUGGAAAUAGAGUAAGAAGUUAGAGAGGAGCAAGUAGAUUAGUAGUAAUAGUAAUAAUUAGAAGAUAAUGAUACAAAAUAAGUUGAAAUAAAGGAAACCACUAUUGAAGAUACUGAUAAAGACUUAACUUAAAAUAAUUCUGAAUAAAUCUAAAAUAAAAAUGAUUAACAGAAUAAUGAAGAUAUCAAAGAUGAAGAAGACUCUAGACCUGUUAAUUCUAUUGAUGUAGAAAAUCCUUAAACUUAAAUUGAAACUUAAGCAGUUUAAAUAAAUGAAGAAAAUCUUGAGAAAGUAGAAGAAAAAUAAGAAGAAAACGAAGUUGAAGUAGAUUCUGAGUAAAUUAAUAAAAUUGAUAAGAAUGAAGACAAGUAGAGUGAAUUGAAAGAAGAAUAGGAAAUUGAAGAGUAAAAAGAAAAACUCGAGUAAAAAGAGCAAGAGCAAGAAUAAGUUGAUUAAAAAGCAUAAUAAAUAGAAAUUUAAAUCGAAGUAAACUAGGAAACAGUUUAAGAAACAACUAAAGAAAAUGAAAUUAAUGAUAACUAGCAAAAUAAAGAAGAAUUAAUAGAAGAAAAACAAAUAGAAGAAGAAGAAUAACAAUAAGAAGAUGUAAAAGAAGCUACUAAGAUUGCUGAAUAAGAGUUCUAAUAAAAGAUCGACGUAUAAGAGCAUCAUAGCACACAAGAACAAAAUAGCUUAGAAGAGGAACCAUAAAAUAAAGCACAGAAUUUUAUUCCCUAAGAAAAUUAAAAUUUAGAAGAAGCUCAAAAGGGCUAAGGGGAAGAAGAUUAAUAAGAGCAAGUAUUUCAUGAAAAGGAGUCUCUUGUUAACUAAUAGGAGAACUAAUUUAUGGAAGAAGAAAAUUCUCUUUAAAACUAAUCAAACCAAGAAUAAUAGGAGUUUCAAUAAAAUUAACAAUAAUUAUACUAAAACUAAGAAGAAUUUGAAGAUGAGCUUGGCAUUGAUCAAGAAAGAAGGGAUUUUGAUGAGGAAAACUUUUUCGAUGAUCUCACUCCAAUUUCUAUGCCUGAAGAGUAGUAGGUAGGAGGAUAAAGAUAAGAAAUUGAUUUCAACAAAAUUCCAUAGAUUAGAACUCUUAUAAAUGACCCUUUCUCUUAAUAAAGAUAAUAAUAUUAACAUUAAAGUUAGUAGUAAACGUAGGCUCAGCAGUAACAUUUACAGCAGUAGCAAUAAAGCUAGAAGUAAUCAUCCUAAUUUUAACAACUACAACAACAAUAGUAUUCGUAACUUAUUUUAUAAUAAUAGCUAUAAUAAUAGUAGUAACAGAGGUAAUAGUAAAACAAAAACUAGGCUGCAAUGAAAAUACAAACAAAUGUAACUACAUAACCAAACACUCUUCUUCAAUAAUCUAAUUAAAUGUAAAACACUAAAGAUUAACACAUCUAAAAACUAUAAAUAUAAUAAACUGACUCACAAAAUAACUAAAGAGCUUAACUACAACAACAAUAACAACAACAACAAUAAUAAUAAUAACAAUAACAACUAUAAUAACAAAAAUAAUAAAUUUUAAUAGAAAAAUAAAAAACCACAUAAUAGGUUCACCAAGAAUAAAACAAUCAAAAUUAAUAAUCAAAAAAUGUAAAUGCUAAACCAUAGUAUUAAUCCGAACAUAAAGAGUUGAAUUAAAAAGAAAACACUUAACAUAUUUAAAUCUAAAAAUAAUAAGAGCCUAAAACUAAUUAAAAAAACAGUGAAUAAAUGAAUUUAGAAGGCAAACAAACAUAAUAAAAUUAAAAAACAUUAAAUGCAAUUGAUGUUCAGUCUCAUAGUUAAAAUCCACAAACAUAAACAGUUUAAAGCGAGUCUUUUUAAGACACUUCUAACUAGAACUCUUAAUAAAAAUAGAGUUCUGAAAAUAAACAGCAUAAAAGUGCAGAGAAUGAAAAAAUGGAGAUAGAAGAGACUUUGAGUGUUACAAAUGAGAAACUUAAAAAAGAGAAUACUCCUUUUUAAUAGAGAGAAGAAAUUAUUUAAACCCUAAAAGAAGAGAGUAAAUUGAGUAGUAUACCAUCUUAAAAUUCUGCAGCAGUAGAAAGACAAGCCCAACACAGUCCAAACUCUAAAGCAAGCAAUUAAGAUAGUAAACCCAUACAAGAAGAAACUACCACAAGAAAGAUUUUAAGAUAAAAACCUAAAAUAGACUACAAAUAUUCAUCAUAAAAAUUGUCUGGUCAUUCUUUUGUCUAAACAAAAACUUGUAAGAAUCCUCCAUAUAAAAUAAAGAUGUCUCUCCAGUCUUUAAUAGUGCUAAACAUCCACUCUCACUUAUUUGAAACUGAAAUUAUAGGAUUGGUAGGAGGAGUUUACGAUGAAACUACUCAAGAAAUAACCAUCUAAGAAUGCAAACCAUGCAAAAAAAUAAAAACUGAAGAUGAUUACCACAAUGUAGAAAUGGAUCCUGUUGACCAGGCUGAAGUAAAGCAAUAUUUUGAGUCUAAGAAUCUUAAAACAGUAGGUUGGUACCAUUCUCAUCCUAAGUUUAGCUGUUAACCUUCAAAAAUUGACGUUGAUAAUCAUAAGGCAUAUAAAGAUAUGCUUAAUAUAAAGGAAUACGUUGGAAUUAUCAUUAGUCCAUACAAUAAAAAUGAUUAAAAACCUUAAGUUCUUAUUUUUGAUGAACACAACGGCAAUAACAUUAAAUUGAACUAUUAACUAUUUGGGAGCACUAUGGAUAGUGAAAUUUUAGAUUUUAUGAAUCAGCUUAUACAAAAUACUAAAAACGAAUAGGGCAGAAUAAAGUUUUUUAAUUAAUGGCAAAAAGAUAUAACCUACAAAGAUAAGCUGUUUCAAAGUCUAAAACAAAUUGUCAUUUCAAACUAAAGAUCAAUUCAAAAACAGCUUAAAAAUUAAAUGAAUCAAGCUAACAACAAAGAAUAAAUAGAAUUUGAACAAUUUUCAAAUGAGUUAUCUGACUCUUAAGAAAAUGAAGAAGAUAGUAGAGUCUUAAAUGAAAACAAUAGUAAUUUAAAAUCUUAAAAACAAAUAGACAGCUCAAAUGGUGAUUGCUAGGAAUUUUUACAAUCUAAUCCCUCUAAAAGACAUAAUCAAGAGAAUAUUUCUUCUUAUUCUUAAAACCUUAAGAUAAACUUAAAUAUUUAACCAUAAGAUUCACCUAAAAACGCUUCUGUAAGUAAUAAGUCUGCUAUGUAGAACAAUCAACAUGCCAAAAAAGCUGUAAAUUCUGUGGAUAUGAAAAAUGAAUAGGAUCUUAUUAAAAUCUUUUAGUCUUUUAACUUAUGA